AUGAGUAAUACUGUUUCAGAGCAACUCACAGAUGCCAUCAAGAAUACCGAAGAUGGAAAAGCUAAAUUAAGAAAAUGGCUGAACAUGAACUUCAGAAUAGAAAUGACAGAUGGUCGAGUGCUUAUUGGAGUAUUUCUAUGUACUGAUCGAGAUGCCAAUGUUAUAUUAGGAGCAUGUUCAGAGUAUCUUAAAAGCGGUGAUGGUGAAACAGAAGAACCAAGGGUACUUGGUCUAGUGAUGGUCCCAGGUCGUCACAUUGUUUCCAUUCAGUUGGACGAUACUACACCACCACAAAUGUACUGUUACGAUGAGUGA